CCUCUCCCGCGGCCGCCUCUCUGCCUGUGACCUCCGGCCGAAGUGGCCCUCGGCUCACCCCACCGCGACCUGGGCACCUGCCGGCCGGCGCCCGAAGCUGGCGCUGCUCGCCCGCCUCCCAGUCUUAAACUUCGUAAUAAACGUGGACGCGGGCCCUUGCUUCGGCCCUCCGCGGGGCUUGGGUGUGAGUGCCAGCUGCACCGGCCGCUUGGCUGCUGGGAUGCCGGUGAGCCCCCCUUGGCUCGGGGCGAGGCGGCCCUGCGGGGCACCCUGCGGUCGUCCCUGAGCUGCUGCGGGGCACCCUGCGGUCGUCCCUGAGCUGCUGCGGGGCACCCUGCGGUCGUCCCUGAGCUGCUGCGGGGCACCCUGCGGUCGUCCCUGAGCUGCUGCGGGGCACCCUGCGGUCGUCCCUGAGCUGCUGCGGGGCACCCUGCGGUCGUCCCUGAGCUGCGGGUCAAGGGCGGCGGACUGCCGGAGGGCAUGAUGCUCGCCUUGCGGAGGGGCCUGUGGCGUCUGCCCGAUUUCGGGGUCCGGAGGGCUCUCCCUGUGAGUUGUGCGCCACCGCCGGGGCCUCUCCGAGGCGGGCUCCGUCGGGCCUACGCGCACAGGCUCCCGUCCGAGGAUGGAAGCGCGCUCGGGCCAGCCGGGCAGCCGCAGUGCCCCGGGCCGGGCCCCUGGGACAGGGCCGGAGGCGGCCGCGAGGGAGAGGACCGCGAGCGAGAGGACGGGCCGGCGUCCCCGAGGGCCCCGGGCGAGGAGCAGGUGCACCUGCGGACGCUGGACGGCCUGGCCUCGGCGGAGGAGGUGCUGGCCUUCGUGGACGCGCUGGACCCUCUGCCCGACAGCGUGGCCGCCAGGGCCGUGGAGCGGCUCGGCGGGGCGGGAGGCGGGGGCGGCCCGGCCGCGUGGCCCCCGUGCGGCGCCAGCCUCGUGGCCGCCCUGAGGACGCUGGUGCUGCUGCGGGCCGACCCCCGGGGCAGCCUGCCGGGCCGGCUGCUGGCCGAGUGCCUGCGGCGCCUGGCCGGGGGCGGCCUGCGCGUGCCCGAGCUCUGCGCGCUGGCCGAGAGCCUGCUGGCGCUGCGGGGCCCGGGCUGCGAGGCCCUGGCCGGCGUGCUGCAGCAGCUGCAGGGGGCCGACGAGGCGGCCUGGGGCCCGGCCGACGUGCUGGCCGUCUACGGCGUCCUGCAGGCGUGCCCCGAGCUGGCCGGCCGGCGGCGCGCCCUCCUGGCCAGGCUGGCCCGCGCGGCGCUGCCGCUGGUCCCGCAGCUGGGCCCCGCGUCGCUGAGCCGGCUGCUGGCGGCGCUGGCGGGCCUGGGGCAGGCGCGGGCGCGGCCGCUGCUCGGCAGGCUGGCCCGGCACGCCGCGCGCCUCGUCCCGCGCUUCACCGCGCCCGAGCUGGGCCGCGUGCUCCGCGCCCUCGGGCACCUGGGGCACCGCGACCGCGCCUUGGCGCACGCCCUGGAGCGGCACGCGGCCGGCCUGGGCCCCGGCCUGGCGCCCGACGUGGCGAGCAGCGCGGCCGAGCUGUGCGGCCGGGAGCUGCUGCUGUCGCGCCCCAUCCUGGACGCCGUGGCAGGGGCUUUCCUGGGCCGCCCCGAGAGCUUCUCGCCCGCCCAGAUCGCCAGCGUCUUCGAGGCUUUCGGAAAACUCAACUACGUGCCCCCGAACUCCGCUGCCCUGUUCGCCAAGCUCGAAGCUAGGCUCUGCGCUCAGCUCGAUUCUUUUCCACCCAAAGCGCUUUUGAAGCUUCUCCACUCGUGUUCCCUUCUUGAAUACCAUCCGGUCAACUUCCUGCCGAAAAUAUUCAGCCCUUUCUUCCUUCAGCGGCUCCAAGGUGAAGAAUCCUAUUUGGACAGAGUGAGUCUGGCCCAGCUGACCCAGCUCUUCCUAAGCUCGGUGCUCGAAUGUCCGUUCUAUAAGGGUCCCAAACUCCUUCCUAAAUACCGAGUGAAGUCAUUUCUAACUCCGUGUUGCUCCUUGGAGACCCCCGUGGAUUUCCAGCUUUAUAAACCUGUGAUGCUUGCACUCACUGACCUGUUAGGAGCGAGAUUGCAUUUUGCUUCCAAAGUGCUAACACCCUAUUGUUACACGAUAGAUGUCGAAAUUAAGUUAGACGAAGGGGGAUUUGUAUUACCUGCUUCAGUUGAUGAAGAUGUCUAUGGAAGAGUAGCCUUGUGCAUUGACGGGCCACAACGAUUUUGCUCCAACGGCAGACACUUACUGGGGAAAGAAGCUAUUAAACAGAGACACCUGCAGUUACUGGGCUACCGAGUUGUUCAGGUCCCCCACCAUGAGGCGGAGCUGCUCAGGUCCAGACUGGAACUGGUGGAGUAUUUACAAAGAAAACUGUUUUCCCAAGACACUGCUGCCUGUUGGUAACGGGAGCCCUGUGCAGAACUCGGAGUGUAGAACAACAUCCUGGUUCACACUCUGGCGUAAAACGCAGAGAGAAUGUAAGUCUUGAAUUAGUCAUGCUGCAGAACUCUGUGUACAGACCGUUGGUCUAGGAGUGUCUGUAAUGCCCCUCUACCCUGUGUACAGCUAUUAGUGGCAGACUUCAAGUUCAUCUUGAUUUAAUGCUAGUGUCCUAGGUAUUUUUUAUACAUCAAACAAUAAAUGAAGUUUAAGUAAAGGAAUGUAAUAAAUGUCA